CACGGCCACACGCUACGGCCAUUUUACGAUUGAAGAUGGCCGCUUGAGGAUCGUGUGAAAAUGCCUGCUGUAAAAAUGUGCCAAUUUGCGACAAAAAGCUCCAACGCUGCUGCAAGAUCGAUACGAAAGUUACAACAUUUAAAGAGCAAUUUGUUGUGCAGUAAUUGCGCAGCUACGAAGAAAAAUCCAUCGCCGUACUGUGAACGAUAUCUCUCGUGUGAUCGCAUUUGUAACGUCUGCGAACGUUGUAUUUCCCCACACAGAGGCUUUACAAGAACACACAGAAGUAGCGGUGACAUACCGAUUUGUUGAAUUGGAAUAUGCCAGGUGUUCCUUUGCAUCUUGGACUAUUAUCCCUAGAUUUAUCUAGUGAAUUUGCCUCGUGUUCAUCAGCAUCCCCUUCCUGUGAAUCUAACGUACAUCCAGCAAAGCACACGGAGACGCCGUCCAAAGUCGCAAUGGAAAAUAUAUAUUCGACGAACCACGUCCUACGUGGAGAGGGCAAUGAAGAAUCACCUGUGAAGUGUGAAAAGAAGAAUAAUUUUAUUCAAACUGUUUGGAAUAAACUAGCAAGGAAAUCAGCCAUGAUAUUCAAAAUGGAUAGUGCACUAUCUGUCACGGUUGUUAAUAACGAUAUAAUAGACACCAAUUUCUUCGAACAUUCAGCAGAGCACAAAAAGCAACCCAUUGACGAACCAUAUAAUUUUGAGAUACAGGAGAAAAAAUCUUUAGACAUCAAACAAAUUCCGCAGCACACUUGUUUCGAAGAUCUGAAACCCGUUGAUACGUUCAAGCCUUUCAUAAUGGAUCAUGAGAAGUUCUGGCUUUAUUAUGAUGAUACUAAUGAGGAUUACAUGACAUGGACUAAUGAGCACCAGACUGUGAAAGACUCGGCAGAGGAUAUGGGCUUUAGCGAUACCUGCAAGGACAGCGAUGCGAUGGAAUCUCAUAUAUCGUGUAACCGUGAAGCGGUAGAAUCAACUAAUCUCUGCCCUAUGGAUGUUGAUUUAGAAGAAUCUGUAGAGAGUUGCGAGGAGAAGUUAGGAGAGGAGAAAACUGUUCCUCCUAACAUUAACAUCAACGAGGACGCGUCUGUAAGCGCCGAGUCUUUUUGUAUAGUUUCUAAAUCGGACGUUCUCCCACAGCUCGCAGAGGAUCCCAUUAAAGAAAUUCCCAUAUCGACGCGCUUGUCCGAUAUGUGCCAGAAGGUAUGGAAAGACGUGACUGAUCCAUUUUCCUACGGACCGACAUGCGUGGAGGACAUGUCGGAGGUAGCUGCGAAGCGCUUGAAGCAACAUCACUGGAAAAAGAGCACCAACGCCGUCGCGACCGGCAAAGGUCGCGGUAGGGCGAAGUCUCAGCUCAGACGUUCCGGUGUAAGUCAGACCAGUCAUCGCAAGCAGCCUAGGGACAAUUUCGAUAUAGACAUUGAAGAUGAUUACGAGGCUUGGCAGAACGUCGAAGCUUAUCACGCAAUAGAAGAUAAUCAUUCCUUAAGCAGUGAGCCUGGUUACUUCGAUGACGCACAUGGCUACGAUGUUACAGAUGAUGCUCAACCUAUCGGACAGACGGUCAGUCCUGCAACAUUUAAUUCCUCCGAUAUACUGUCUAUGAAAGACAAAUCACCGACGAAGAAAGAGACGUGGCAAGGAGCAGCGGAGUCUCCUAUUCAACGUUACGUACUUGAUUCCUCGAUUGCGAUCGACGAAGAUUAUAAAAGCGAAAAAUGUGCGCAAGGCGUCCCGCAUAGAGAUUCCCUCCGGUCGCGGCUGCUGUCGGAGAGUUCGGUCGAUUCGGAAGAUAGUUUCUGCAUACUCUUCGAUGCCGAGUCAGAAGCGGAAAAUACGAUUGACAUUGACUGCGAUGAGACGAAUUCUAGCGACCAAGACAGCGAGGAUGAUUCAAUGGACACGAUCAACGAGGACGAUCAAUCCAUUGAAGAAUUAAUGGAAGCGAGAAAGGUAAAAUUUAAUCCGACUCCAAUUGUACACGUCAUGAUAAAAUGGAAUUAUGCCUACCGAGCAGCUCGAAAAGGUCCAUGGGAAGAAAUGGCACGAGAUAAUGAGAGAUUUCGAGGACGCAUAAACUCUAUAGCGGCCGUUCUUAAUCCAAUUUUAACAAAUCAACAUCGCUUACAAAUUUGGCAAGAACGAUUCGCUAUUCAGGAAUAAUUCUUGUCUUUUUAACAGCGUGAAGAAUAAUUUACGGACCUCACGGAAGAAAAAUUUGUAUUGUGUGUCGUAUUUCGAAUAUCUAUGAUUGAUAAUCCUUAAAAUAUAGCAAAUGGCUGUGAACGUUAGUGUGUAAUUUUUUAGAUAUAACAAUAACAGUCUAUUCCACGCACCAUUUGAUUUGCAUUGUCUGGAUGGAAUCUGUCUUGUUAAAAUGCAUUGUUUUACACUUAAACGUUCAAUUUAUGUAAAUCACCAUUGAAUUGUAUUAAUAGAUAUUCAUUAUAAAAUAUAAAA